AUGUUCAGCCUGGCGACCUCGACAGGCGCGUUCCUGCUCCUUGCAGGCUCAGCGAUCGCUCAGCGUGCAGAUGGACAAUUCUGGCCCUGCAACCCGCUCUUCAACGCUACUGGCGCAUGCCCCCCGAACCCAGGCCUGCCAACUAACAAGUACGAGAUUGACUUCACGAAGAUCAAGUCGAUCCCCGACGACUGGACCAUUUCCAACUAUGCCACGAUCAACUUUGGACCCGAUGGCGCGGAGUUCACAUUCAACAAGCGGUAUGAUGCACCUCAGCUUUGGACCAACUUCUUUAUCUUCUUUGGAAGGGUCGAUGUGGAGAUGAGGGUUGCCAAUGGAACCGGCAUGAUCUCUAGUGCAGUGUUGAUCUCGGACGAUUUUGACGAAAUAGACUUCGAGUUUUCUGGCAACAACUUUGGUAACCCCUCAUUCGCAGCCGGUAAAGGCCAAAACAACUACUUUGGCAAAGGGCUGACUGGUAAUUAUGACCGUGGCUCCUGGUUUGACGUCUCCCGCCCACAGGAAACUUUCCACAAAUACAGUGUCGAAUGGCGUAAAGCAUACACCAACUGGGAAGUUGAUGGCAAAGUGAUCCGCACCUUCAACUACGCAGACUCGUCGGGAGACAAAGGCAACUACCAAUAUCCUCAGACACCUUCAAAGUUGCAGCUUGGUAUUUGGGCUGGAGGUGAUCCUGGACAGAAUUCGGGAACCAUGAGCUGGGCCGGAGGCAUGACGGAUAUUUUUGGUGGUCCAUACACGAUGUUCGUCAGGAAGGUGACGAUUCACAGCUACAAUCCCGCUUACGCCUACAACUACACCGACCAGUCUGGGAAGUGGGAGAGUAUCCAGCUC